AUGCCUGGCUGGUUUCAGUAUAGCAGUGGAGGGGCCUUCACUAUUUUUGUUUUGGCCCUGAUUGCAUUCAUCUGCAUCGAGACCAUCAUGGAGUGCUCUCCGUGCGAAGGCCUCUACUUUUUUGAGUUUGUAAGCUGCAGUGCAUUUGUGGUGACUGGGGUCCUGCUGAUUCUCUUCAGUCUCAACCUUCAUGUGAGGAUCCCCCAGAUCAACUGGAACCUGACAGAUUUGGUCAACACUGGACUCAGCACUUUCUUUUUCUUUAUUGCCUCAAUUGUACUGGCUGCUUUAAACCACAAAACCGGAGCGGAAAUUGCUGCCGUGAUAUUUGGCUUCUUGGCAACAGCAGCCUAUGCAGUGAGCACAUUCCUGGCCGUGCAGAAAUGGAGAGUCAGCCUCCGCCAGCAGAGCACUAAUGACUACAUCCGAGCUCGCACUGAGUCCAGAGAUGUGGACAGUCGCCCCGAGAUCCAGCGCCUGGACACAUGAGACCCUCCAGGAGUCCUCCCUCCGCUGCCCUCACAUCCAUUCUUCUAAGCAAGUUUUCUUUCUCUCAGCACGCCAGAUUUUUGUGUGAUCCAGUUGAAUUUUGUCCUGUUUGGUAAAAAUUCACUUUGGGAAAGGGUGCCUAGAGUGGCCCAGAGACUGAUCCGUGGUGGCCUGAAGAGCCCAGGUCCUCCAGCAUUGGGUGCCUGUGGGAGCAGCCGACUUCAGUGCCUGCUCCAGGGCUUAAAUGUCUGUCUCAGAACACACAGUCUCGUCUGACUCUGAGCCGCCCUGCCGUGUGUGUCUGUGACAGUCUAAACUGAAGUGGCUUUGAGAAGGGAACUAUGUUACAAGAUAGCAGUACAGGGCUGCAACAGCCAGUGAGGUUCUUGGACAACCCCUCAGGAGCUAGGAGUGAGUGUUGAGUCUGGCUGGUUAGAUCCACCUCAUUGUCUUCCAUGCCCAGGGCAUCUAGGCAGCCAGCGUGGCCUGGGUGGGACUCUGAGGGGCUCGGUGAAUAGAUGUGCUCCUGUAACCUCCUUGCCAGGUCUUUAUGUUACAGGGACAGGAAAAUCUAGUGCCCUGUGGGACCACUGACUCACAGAACAGUGACCAUUUGUCUCCUACCCUGCUGAGAGAGCACUUGAUCCUUCCUCAAAUGAAUCACCUUCCUGUGGUCCACACUCACUUCCUGGGGUAGAGGCCACCAUCUCCACCAGUCCCCUGCCUACCUUACACAUCUUGAGGCUGAAUUGCGGCAGUUCCAGCACCUUUACCUUCUCAGGUGAAAGCUGCAGAAGAAACAGUACUUCCACCAGCAGGGGACUGGCUUACAGAUCACAUGUGUGUAUGUGGGGCAGGCAGAGUGUGUGUAUGUAUGUGUGUUAAAAAGCGGCACACUCAAAUUCACACUUCUAUUGUAUGGACGUGUCUAAUUCUCUGAAUAUCCAAGACAAGCUCUAAAGUGAUUCAGAGUCAGUUUAUCUAGGAUUUGAAAAUACUUGAAUCUGCACCAGGACACGUCUUUCCACAGAUGUGCCAUGAGGCACUAUUGUCCUUUUGGGUGCCUGAGUGUCCUCACUAUGAACAUGUUAGGAAUUCUAGUUACAUCCGGCUUUUGGAUUGGUUCUUGAUAAACUGAAGAUCAUUUUCGUGGUAAAUGAGUUGAGCAGGCCCCUAUCAUGCUGUAAUUUUGUUGUUGUUGUUAUUGUUGUUGUUGUUAGAGACUAAUUAUAUCUUUUUGGAAAAUUGAUUUAACAUGUCAGGUUCUCUCUCUGAACUGUUGAUGUUUACAGACCUUACUGUAGCUCUAAUAUUCUGUGUGUAGCCUCACCAAGGAGAAGACAUGGCUGUUGGAAACGUAUUGCGAUAGCAGAGAGCCCCCGCUGUCUCCUGCUGAGACUGUUCAUAGCCUGAGCAGUGUCUUUUGUAGUUCCUAACCCAGAAGCAGGUGACAAGGCUGGGGGAGGAAAGUCUGAGGAGGUGGGUGCCCCUGUGUGCCAUGGCUCUGCAUCAUUCAGGGAAGAGCAGUGAUCUAUGGCUGAGUAGCAAAGAGGAGCUGUUGUCAGAUACCACUGCGGGGCUCCGGAGUCCACAGGAAGUAGGGUCAGGCUGUAUCUGACUUGGGGGCCGGGGGUGCUAGAGGUUGACUCUCUAAAGCCAGCAUCCAGUGUAAUCCAGUGCUGCUGUGGUUCCAUGUUGGCAGUAGUCCAGGUCACAUGUUCAAAGGACAGCUAGUCUGGUAUCACUCCCCUCCCUGCUCCUCUUCUCCUCUAGAGGACGGCCUGGGUCUGGCCCUUGCCCAGCUCCUGAUAGAGAUUUCUGUCCUUGAAUGUCAUGAGGCUGUCAGUAUACCUUGUGUUGUCGCAACUUUGAACCUGUUGCAUGUUGUGAUAUGGGGAGUGGACGACAUCUGGAUUUUUAUCUGUUUUACGUGGUUAUUUUGAAUUUGUUGAGUAUGUCUACACAAUCAAAAUCAAAUUCCCUUUAAAAUAGGGUCACAAAGACUUGGUCUGCAUCAGAUGGGCCCCCCUUGGAAGGAUCACCCUGAGCUCUAUCAUGUUACUGGGCCUCAGGAAAAAGCCACCUUUGAAGUGAGCCGGAAGAAAGAAGCAUUCAGAUUGGAUUGCUGUUCAUUUUCCCAAGUCACUUCAAUAAAACCAUUUUAUCAUGUGCUGAAAGGAGGCCUCUGAGAGUGUUGUCAGCUGAGAGACAUAAUCCUGAGGCCCAGGGAGACCGUGAAUACUGAGAUACGAUAAAAGUGCUAGGGUCUUAGGGCCUGAAAGACUUGAGUUAGUUGCAUCUUGGUGUCAGAAUUAUUAUCUUUGUAAUUAUUUAUAUCCCAGUAACUAUUUAAUAUCCUUUGUGUUAUGAAGCUUCCCUGUGGCUUUUGUAUAUGUAUUUCCUUGUACUAUUUAACUAGCUCCCAUAGAGCCAGAAGUGGUUUAUACACGUUCUAAUAGCGUGAUGCACAGCCCCACUCCUGUACAGCCAACAUGGUGAGGAAAAGCCAUGAAGGGAAUAUGGUUGCCUACAGGGAAUGCAAAGACACCUGUCUUUUUCUUGUCAUGCUUCUAUGCAAACAGAAAAUCAUCUAGAUCUGAGUUUUUAAAUGAUCUCUGCAAAUUGAAAAAAAAGCAUAUUUUUGUGUUUAUUAAGUCUAUUACGAACCAGUGUCGCUUAGGUUUUGGGCAUUUUAAGUCAGCCUUAGCUUAUUUUGUUUCCCUAUGGGAUGACUGGCUUUCCCAGUUGGAGCAAAACUUGAAGGGAAAUGCAGUUGUUGGGAAUAUCUGGUGUGGUCAUGAAGAUGUGGGGUUCAGGUCCUCUCACAUCUGGUAGUUUGGAUGGAUGUGAGCUGACACCCUCAGAGAAAGCGUGGUGCUGUAUCUGCUGAUGGGGUGGCAUUCGCCACUGCUCUCUACCCCUCCUGCAAAGCACAGAGGGUAAGCCCUUUUCCUUUAUGAACAGAGAGCAGGGAACCCCAAGGUACUCACUGGCUCCUCGGAAGGGUGAACACAGUGAUGGGAUGGGUGCUCUUUAGAGAGUUUUCACUUAAAGUGCAUUGCCAUGCAGGGCAGAUUGCUUUUGUCUAUCAAAAUAGCAAGAAUGCAGUUAAGCUGCCCACACCCAGUGCCCACAUCUUUCUUAGCAAUGUGCUAAAACACCGGAGUGGGUGGAGCCUGGGCACAGGAAAACCAGCAAGGACCAGCCCUGGUCCUUGUGCAGUGAGCUCUUGACCUUGGGGCCCUUUUACAGGCCCUGGCUAGAAGGCUCACACCCAUGGGCAGACCUGGUACACCUGGCUCCCACCUGUGUUGGAUGCUUCUGGAAGAGUUUUGUGGCUCACCUGAAAACAUUUUUUCUCUUUUCAAGUUUCUUCUGUCUUCUUUGAAGGUUUUUCUAGUGGUCCAGGCGGUCUUAGAAGAAAUGAAGGUCUGACUCUCUUUGUCCCUGCACGUAUGUGAAUUCCUGCUCGCCUUGAAUGAGCCUUGACUAGUUCUGUGGGUGACACAAACUGUGCUAUGUGGAGGAACCCCUUCCCUGUCCAUGAGGUGGCCAUGUCAGAAUCCCUGUGGGUCAGUCUUUGGAGCAUGGAGACGUGUGUCUAAUUUAGUGACCUUGUAGGUGGUUCCUACUCUGCCAUCUGUGUUCAGAACACACUAGUCCAUGGUUCGUCUGCUCCUGCCUGACUGCCGUUUUCUCAAGAUGUCGCCUGCAUAGCUAUAGUGACAUUAAGCAGGUAAGCAGGUAGCAGAAGGGAUGGGGUAUGCACUUCCUAGACAGAGAAUUGUUAACUGGUUCUCAAGCAGGAAAAAAAAAUACUUCUAGCGUGUGAAGUCUCCAGGUACCUGGAGUUCCUCAUAAAGUUGCAUAGUCUGGGGUUUCUAUUUUAUCAGCACCUACCCCAUAGGGGCCAGCUAGGCAGGGAGUUUGGUGGACACGAGGUUUGCAUCACAGGCCUGGCGGGAGGAGGAGGCUGCAGCGGGAGCCGAGUGACAGCGUAGAUGGCACUUGAUGUGUUCAUGACCCCUGCUGCUCUGGAAACAUGUCCUUAGCUUCCUCCUCUUCAGAAGGGUGAGGUCUUGUGCUCCCCGAUGGACCUGCGGCCAAGAGCUGGAUGUUGGAGACCACCGUCCCUCAGUGCUGGCAUCUCGUCGGGUCUGAGCAGGCGAUAGCUGCUCCUGUGCAUUCCUGGCGGGGUGCAGACCGACAACCUCCUUAAUCUGUCGUUUCUCUUCUCAGCAGACAUCUUUAAAAGAAAUCAGAUCUGUCUGGUUGAGAAAGUAAUUUGAAAUAUUUGACCUAUCUGUGUUUAUGUAGCCUUUAUCUCUGAAAAAAAAAUGCCAUCAGUGUUAGAUCUAGAAUUUUCUUCUAAAAGGGAAUGUUCUCUUGGAUUUCAUUAGAGUCAGUGUAGCAUUGGAUAUAAGUUCUCAGGCUUUGGGAAUUUUUAUUUUCUUUCUAGUUUCUCCUAUUCAAAAAAAAAAAAAUACCUAAGAGGAAAGAGGGUGUGUGGGCUGAGGGGGCACACGUCAGCCACUUGCCCAGAAUCAAGUUGAGAUUAUAGGCCCUCGAACGGUAUCUUUGUGUCAUUAGUUUACCCUGUCACUCUUUUUAUUCUGAUACUUCCAAUUCCAGUGAGCCUUUGGUUAAGGGUUAAUGUCACUUGGACUGGCAGGUUAGCGGGGCUUGUUUGGUUAUAAUCAUGGUAAGAACAUGUCUGCAGUCACUGCACUCGGCUUUGUUAAUGGGAUGUAGGGCAGGGCCAAGAGGUUUGUUUUUCUUUCAUAAUUGUUUCUGAAAAGAGAGAUGCUGCUAAUACCUCAGCAGAAAUUACCCCCCCCCCCCGCUUUUAAUCAGAAAAGUUACCCAAGGAAUGGCCAAGAGAGAGGACAGUGGAGGAGGCUUGUGCUCACUCCAGCCCAAGGCAGGGCCAGGCCUGACUGAUGGCACCUCCUUCCGCUAACCCUGCUUUGCGUCCCUCUUUUUCCAGAACAGAUUUAGCAAGUUUCACAACUGUUUCCCUUUUUGUGGCAGUGAAGAGGACAACCCUUCAGGGCUUAAUUGGCUAGGUCAAGGCUAGAGAGGGCAAGAGCAAGGGCGUGCUGGGGCCCAGGCCCACCUUUCAUUACUAACUCUUUCAUUGUUCUUUCGUUACUAACCAUUGGAAAAAUCAUUCAGAUCAUGAUGAAAUUGACCCAGUUGCCUAAAAUCGUUGCUUUUUAAUAACUUGAUUUUGUUUGACAUGGUUCCAUCUGGAAGAAUGCUAGGGAGUGAAGCUGUCUGCGAAUGUUGAAGUUUAUAGGACUUUAGGAGCCCGUGGCAGAGACACUGAGCUAUUCAUUACAGUCUUUUUUUUUUUUUUUUAAGUAGGCAGUUCUGUCUUUGUAUAUUUUAUGAUAAAUAAUCACUUCACCUUUGGUGCCUUCCAUGUGUCACAUAAGCACUCUUGUCAAUCAUGGGAUUGGGGGGGUUAUACAUUUAGUUAAAACAGAUAACACUAUUUUUGUAGCAUGACUGUGUCCUUUCACUGUUGCUUUCCACAGUACCGUAGGUCUUGAAGUUUAGGCCAUUUUCGUCUUAAACUUCCUAUGUAGUUUUCAAAGUCAGACACCCUCCAGCAACUCCUACCCCAUACACUGUGUUCUCCUCACCACACGUUUGCUGAUUAGGCCUGAGAGUCAGAGGACAUUUCUUAAAAAAAGGUCAUGUCCCUGUAAUUCUAUCUGACAUCAUUCAACUGUUUGUUAGACUGGGAGCGCUGUUGCUUACCAGCGAUAAGAAGAAAGUGUCUUGUUUUUUCAAGUUUUGUCUGUGCCCUGCCUUCCUGCUCACUGAGUCUGACAGAAAGAGCUUGCAUUUGGCUCCUUGCCCUCCCACGCUAGCCAGUCUCAGGCUGUUCUCUGGCCAAAUGCCACUGCUUCCUAGCAGCACCUCGGCCUUGCUCUGGUGGACUCACCCAACUUGAAUUCCAGGUAGGGUUGUGGAGGCCCCUGAUGGGUGGACUGAAUGUAGAUCCCCUGCUGUGAUGGGCUGGAUAAAGCCAGGAUACAGCUUAGCCACUCUUUCUGCUUUCCUGGCCCUGCUCCUUGGAUUGUCUGGUCAGGAAAAGCUCACCGAGCCGUUGUUGAGUAAAGGUACGGAUUCUCUGAGACAUUAACCUGUAGCUCCUUGUCUUUGUCCUUUUGAAGAGUCAAAACAUGGUUCUGUGGGGAAAAACGUCCUCAGGUGGCUGAACGACAGCUUCCUGCCAGGAUGGGCCGUGGCACUUCAUUUAACUAGUGGCACUUUGGGGUGGGGUGGGCAAUGUUAAUAGUUACUACAUUUUGUUUCUGUAGUCUGGUUUUCUUUGAGACAGGGUCUUGCUAGGUAGUCUUGGCUGGCCUUUAACUUGUAAGUGAUCAUCUUGCCCUUUGUCUUAAAUGCUGGGAUACAGGAGUGUGUCACCAUGCCCAGCUAAAGUUUGUCUUUUUGGCAGUUUGUAGACAUGGCUGUGGGCAUUCCAAGGUGAAGGCUGUUGAACAAACUGAUGUGUGUUGUUUGCAGUACUGAACUUCGCCUCUUGGCCCCCCAACUCCCGGGUUUCACCCUGAGCUUGAAAUAAGUGAUGUGGGAACCUCAUGGCAUUUGCUCCCCUUGAUUUGCCCCUGACAGCCGACAAAGCCUCACACUGCCCUCGGCCUCCCCAAUUUCCUUUUGAAGGACCAAUUUUCAUGGUACUUGUCUUGAUUGUUUUCAUAGUGUUCAAAUCUGUAUUUUUGUAUGUAGAGGGAAAUAAUUUUUGACACUAAUCACUAAUGAAUACUGUAUUGUCAUGAAGGAGUUCUUGUUUAAUAAAUGGACACAUAAAAAUGA